GGCGGCUUUUGUAUAUUAAUUGUGCAUUGUAUUGUGCGAAACUGAUACAGCGACGCCGCACUCUUAUCAUUUUUUAAAGAGUAAUUUUUUGUUGCUCUUUCCAGAAUAUUGUGAAAUUGCAGUUCAAUCUUCAGUAGGCUGUCCACCAAUAUGGUUAACACUAUGAAAUCGAAGAAGCUAUUUGUGGUUAAGCGAGAUGGUCGCAAGGAAGAGGUACAUUUCGACAAGAUCACAUCUCGCAUCCAAAAGCUUUGCUAUGGCUUGAAUAUGGAUUUUGUCGAUCCUGUUGCCAUAACCUUAAGGGUCAUUAAUGGCUUGUAUUGUGGUGUGACCACACAACAAUUGGAUAAUUUGGCAGCGGAAACGGCUGCUACUCUAACAACUAAUCAUGCUGAUUAUGCUUUGCUGGCAGCCCGUAUUGCUGUAUCGAAUCUUCAUAAGGAAACGAAGAAGGUGUUCUCCGAGGUGAUCAGUGAUUUGCAUCAUUAUAUUAGCGACGAAACGGACAGACCGGCACCCAUGAUAUCGGAGUUUCAUUAUAAUGUGGUAAUGAAGAAUUCGGAGCGCCUCAAUUCGGCCAUUGUUUAUGAUCGUGAUUUCGGUUACAAUUAUUUUGGAUUUAAAACAUUGGAAAGGUCGUAUUUGUUGAAAAUGAAUGGAAAGAUUGCGGAGAGGCCUCAACACAUGCUCAUGCGUGUGGCUGUGGGCAUACAUGGUGAAGACAUUGAUGCUGCCAUCGAGACUUACAACUUGCUUUCGGAACGUUACUUUACUCAUGCUUCUCCAACUCUAUUUGCUGCUGCCACCAAUCUCCCCCAGCUGUCGUCUUGUUUCCUCCUGACCAUGGUGGCUGAUUCGAUUGAAGGUAUUUUCAAGUCUGUUGAACAGUGCGCCAUGAUAUCGAAAUCGGCCGGAGGAAUUGGCAUCAAUGUCCAUUGUAUACGCGCCAAGGGAACUUCUAUUGCCGGCACUAAUGGCACAUCCAAUGGUUUAGUGCCCAUGUUAAGGGUAUUCAACAAUGUUGCACGAUAUGUCGAUCAAGGUGGCGGCAAACGUCCUGGCGCAUUUGCCAUCUAUUUGGAACCAUGGCAUUCGGAUAUUUUUGAGUUUUUGGAUUUAAAGAAAAACACAGGCAAGGAAGAGCAUCGUGCCAGAGAUCUUUUCUACGCCCUUUGGAUUCCCGAUCUGUUUAUGAAGCGUGUCGAAGAGAAUGGCGACUGGUCGCUAAUGUGUCCACACAAAUGUCCGGGGCUACAAGAUGUGUGGGGAGACGAAUUUGAAAAACUUUACGAAAAAUACGAAAAGGAAGGCAAAGCCAAUAGGACCGUAAAAGCGCAGGCGCUAUGGUUUGCCAUCAUCGAAGCCCAAGUGGAAACAGGAACCCCUUAUAUGCUGUUCAAAGACGCUUGCAAUCGCAAGAGUAAUCAACAAAAUAUUGGCACGAUCAAAUGCAGCAAUUUGUGUACAGAAAUUGUUGAGUACUCGGCACCUGAUGAAAUUGCAGUUUGUAAUUUGGCCUCGAUUUGUCUCAAUAUGUUUGUGACUCCAGAAAAGACGUAUGAUUUCAAGAAAUUGAAGAAUGUGGCCAAGGUUGUUACGCGCAAUCUCAAUAAAAUCAUUGACAUCAACUACUAUCCAUUGCCGGAAGCAAGAAAGUCCAAUAUGAGACAUCGUCCCAUUGGUAUUGGUGUACAAGGUUUCGCUGACACCCUAAUUCUGAUGCGUUACCCCUAUGAAAGUGAACAGGCCUACAAGCUUAAUCAGCAAAUUUUCGAAACAAUUUACUAUGGUGCCUUGGAGGCCAGUUGUGAACUGGCUGAGAAAGAUGGUCCCUAUGAAACAUAUCCCGGUAGCCCUGUAAGCAAAGGUAUUCUUCAGUAUGAUAUGUGGAAUAAAGUACCCACCGACUUGUGGGAUUGGGCUGACCUAAAGGCCAAAAUUGCCAAGCAUGGUGUGCGCAACUCAUUGCUCUUAGCACCAAUGCCUACUGCUUCUACAGCCCAGAUUAUGGGUAAUAAUGAAUCAUUUGAGCCCUACACAUCGAAUAUUUACACACGUCGUGUACUCUCAGGUGAAUUUAAUAUUGUCAAUCACCAUUUGCUCAAGGAUUUGACCGAACUUGAUUUGUGGGAUGAAGAUAUGAAGAAUAAGAUCAUUUCUAGCCGUGGCUCUAUACAAAAUAUUGAACAGAUUCCCAAAGAGAUCCGAGAGCUUUACAAAACCGUUUGGGAAAUUUCCGUCAAGACAACCAUCAAAAUGGCCGCCGAUCGUGGGGCCUUCAUCGAUCAGAGUCAAUCGUUUAAUAUACACGUAGCCGAACCCAAUUACGGAAAAUUGACUUCCAUACAUUUCUAUUCCUGGAAGGCUGGCCUCAAGACGGGCAUGUAUUAUUUACGAACAAAGCCUGCGGCCAAUGCCAUUCAGUUUACGGUGGAUCGUAGCCGUGUCGCAGCCACAGUUGCCACAACAAAUGGUGAAAAACAAAAUGGAGUUGCAUCACCGACCAAAGAAGAGGUUGAGGCAGCCGAGCGAGAAAAGAGAAUGGCUGAAAUGGUCUGCUCAUUGGAAAACAAGGAAGCCUGCAUGUCGUGUGGAUCAUAAGAGCAAACUUCCAACAUAUUUUUAUUCAUACAUAAAUCAUAUUAUUUGUAUUUCAUUCUAAUUCUUCAUCCAUUGUAAUAUAAUAAUCCAAUAUGUGUUUAAUAAUAAAGAGUAAUUAAAAACUUAAAAA